AACCGCUGAACACGUCUACAUGACCUUAUAAAGACAGCAGUUGCCGUAAAACCUGCUCGGGAAAACAUCCACCUGCUGCCCGUUAGCCUGCUAGCUCUUAGCUUUGACAGAACAGAAAAGAAAGUUUAUAGCCUGCAGACGUACUCACUGAGGGAGCCAGCUGCUUCACCAACACCCUCGUCUGACAUGAACACACUCCUCAGAGAGUAUCUGGACUUACACACCUGAAACCAUCAAUGGAGAACAACCAGAACCAGGAGGCAGAGGACAGCUCGUACCUGUGUUUUCAGAGAACUCCGUCUCUCAGACGCAAAUGGAGGAAACGUUAUGGCGGCCUGGAUGGCAACAAACUGUUGGAGCCCAAUAAGGACCUAGACAUGAAAGAGGAUGGAGGGAUGACAGAUGAGAACCAGCAGAGAAAUGCUGAGAACCAGGAUGCAGCUCCCCGCCCAGCACCCAGGAGCCUGAUCCAGAACCAGGUCCAGAGUCCAGUCCAGAAUCCAGUCCAGAAGCCUGUUAGCCUCGUCAGUCCUGGACUUGCAGUGUCAGUCAGUAAUGGCUGCCAGAAGCCGCCCCUCCCUCAGGCGGUGGUCCAGCCGGAGGACCGAGGUUUGCCCCCCUCCCAGCCCUGGUUCCCCCCUCAGCAGAGUCCAUCCAAACGCAGAGUAGCUGCUGAUGUGCUGUUCGACAGCUUCGCUUCAGAUGGAAGAAUCAACAUCAACCAGUUCUUCGAGGCCAUCUGGAGCUCCGGUCUACACAGGUCCGACCCUCGGCUCAGAGAGUGUUUCUUCCAUCUGAGAAAACUGCAGGACGCUGAGGGAUCGGUGGACAGAAACACCUUCCACAGGUGCGUCACAGGAUUCGUCUCCCUCAUUCUGAAAGCUCUGCAGGGACGAUUCGUUAUUCCAGAUUUUUCUACCUUCACUGAAGAGACUCAGAAGUUGUUUUCCAGAUGUCGUCAGCUGUCAUCUGUACAGGAAAAAGAUAAGGACUCCAUGGACAGCACCAAGUGGGGAGUCUCAGUCUGCACUGUGGAUGGACAGAGAUUGUCGCUGGGCGACUGGACCGGCUCUCUGGUUCUGGGUGAGGGGGCGUGGCCUGUGGUUUACGGGGUUGCGGUGGACCUGCUGGGCCCAGACCUGGUCCACAGAUACGUUGGUGUGGAGGAGUACUCCAGAUAUGACUCUCCAUUCAUGCUCACUAAAACAGGGAUCCCUCACAGCCCUCUCACUGAGACAGGAGCCAUCAUUACCACAUCUUUACUACAGCUGGCAGGAAGGCUGAGUGCAGAGGAAGAGGAGAAGUAUGACUCAGUUCUGAACGUCAUCCGCAGACUCUGCAACAAAGAGCACGCCAACUUAAACUGCACCAGUUAUCAGAGCAGCAGGAAGGCCAGCAUCAGACUCCACGCUCUGUCCUUCUACCUGCAAGAGAAAAAGUGUUUCCCGGAGAAGGUGGACAUUAACACUGCUUUGGAUCUGAUGCUACAGUGCUCCUCAACAGAGGUCACCUGCGAAUCAGGAGCCGCCAUGGCUGCCUCCUUAGCCAAUGGGGGGCUCUGUCCACUGUCAGGUGACCAGGUUCUGUCGCCGGCGGCCACGCGGAGUAUGCUGUCCGUGAUGCAGGUGGCAGGGAUGAAGGAUUACUCCACAACUUUCCACUACAAGACGUCUGUGCCGGCGGUGUCCAGCAGCCACGGCUCCCUGCUGGCUGUGGUUCCAGGUGUUUUGGGUCUGAUGGCAUUUUCUCCGGAGUUAGAUGCCUGUGGAAAUCCCUGGAGGGCAGUCCACUUCUGCCAGGAGCUGAUUUCAGCCUUUCAGCUGCACAGUUUUGACAUCAGGACUCCGUUCAGGCAGAUUCUGGCCUACAGACAGUGGAAGGCUGAAUCUGAGGUUAUCUCUGAUCCCAGACCAGUUUAUCACUGCUUUUCAAUGAGAUCAGCAGGACUGUCUCUAAAAGGCCUCCUCUCCUCUGCAGGGAUACCAGAUCAUGAACGUCCUGCUGGCAGCUUUCAGAGGAGACGUCCAGUCCCUGAGAAGGCUCCACCUGGAUCCUCGUUGUUGAACUCAGACAUUGAUGCAUCAUGAAAACAGCAGCUCCCACUUUGUUUCAUUCCUGUGAGGGAGAUAAAAAACCAUGUGUGGACAGAUGAUUUAUAUGUGUGUGUGUGUGUGUGUGUCAGAUAUAAUCCUCCAUCAUUGUUGAUGUUGAGUCUCUUGUGGCUGUUUUCACUCCAUCAAACUGAAUCUGAGACAAACACUAAAACAACAGCAGCUGCAGCUUUAAGAGCCCGAAUAAAAACCAGUUUAAAGACGUUUAUCAUAACUUUAAUAAUAAACUAUUACUGAAUAUUAAAUUCAAUCAUUAAAUAAUAAUAUCUCUUCUUCUGUGGUGGUCUGCAGGUACUUCCUGUCUGGAGUGGAUGUUAAUGCUGUUGACUACGACGGCCGGUCGGCUCUGCAUGUGGCGGCUGCUGAAGGUCACAUAGAGGUCAUCUGCUUCCU